AUGGCUUCCAUGUUCGAGCAGCCCCGAAACGGCACCCUUUUCCUGGGUGGCCAGAAGAUCUCUGGUUCUGAUAUUAGAGACCAAAACGUUCUUGCUACCCAGGCGAUCGCAAAUGUUGUCAAGAGUUCCUUCGGCCCCAGCGGCCUCGACAAGAUGAUGGUGGACGAUAUUGGCGAUGUUACUGUCACCAACGAUGGUGCCACGAUUCUCAGCCUUCUCGACGUCGAGCACCCCGCCGGCAAGAUCCUCGUCGACCUUGCGCAACAACAAGACAAGGAGGUCGGUGACGGCACCACCUCUGUUGUCCUGAUCGCCGCCGAGCUUCUGCGACGAGGAAACGAGCUCAUGAAGAACCGAAUACACCCUACCACCAUUAUUACCGGUUACCGACUUGCCCUGCGAGAAGCUGUCAAGUACCUCAACGAGAACAUCAGCACCAAGGUCGAUGACCUCGGUCGGGAAUCGCUCAUCAACAUCGCCAAGACCUCCAUGUCCAGCAAGAUUAUUGGUGCCGACUCCGACUUCUUUGCCGACAUGGUUGUCGAUGCUAUGCAGGCUGUCAAGUCUACCAACAACCGAAAUGAGGUCAAAUACCCCGUCAAGGCCGUCAACAUCCUCAAGGCCCACGGCAAGAGCACUCUGGAGUCGGUCCUGGUUAAGGGUUACGCCCUGAACUGCACCGUUGCUUCACAAGCGAUGCCUACACGGAUUCAGGAUGCCAAGAUUGCUGUUUUGGAUAUGAACCUGCAAAAGGAGCGCAUGAAGCUCGGCGUUCAGAUCACCGUGGACGACCCCCAACAGCUGGAGCAGAUCCGAGCUCGUGAGUCGGGCAUGAUUCUUGAGAGGGUAGAGAUGAUCCUGAAGGCGGGCGCCAACGUUAUCCUGACCACCAAGGGUAUUGACGACCUCGUGCUGAAGACAUUUGUUGAGAAGGGUGCUAUGGGUGUGCGAAGAUGCAAGAAGGAGGAUCUCCGACGAAUUGCACGAGCGACCGGCGCCACUCUCCUCAGCACACUCUCUGACCUGAAUGGCGACGAGAAGUUCGAUCCUUCAUACUUGGGUUAUGCCGAGGAGGUUGUCCAGGAGCGCAUCUCGGACGACGAGUGCAUCCUGAUCAAGGGUACCAAGGCUCACUCUUCUGCCUCGUGCAUUCUCCGUGGCCCCAACGACUUCACCCUCGACGAGAUGGAGCGCUCUGUUCACGACUCUCUGUGCGCUGUGAAGCGAACCCUUGAGAGUGGAAGCAUCGUCCCUGGCGGUGGUGCUGUUGAGACUGCCCUCCACAUCUACCUUGAGGAGUUUGCCGGCACCGUCGGCUCUCGGGAACAGCUCGCCAUCGGUGAGUUUGCGCAGUCCCUCCUCGUCAUCCCCAAGACCUUGGCCGUCAACGCCGCCAAGGACGCCGCCGAGCUCGUGGCCCAGCUGCGAUCAAGGCACGCCCUGUCGCAGCGCAUCCAGGAGGGCGACGGAAGCGAGGACGAGAAGACGAUUGCGCGCAAGAAGGGCUACAAGAACUACGGCCUGGACCUCGCGCGCGGCAAGGUCGUGGACGAGAUCAAGAUUGGCGUACUGGAGCCCAGCAUCAGCAAGAUCCGGCAGCUCAAGAGUGCCGUCGAGGCCUGCAUCAGCAUCAUGCGCAUUGAUACCCUGAUCAAGUUGGAUCCUGAGCAGCCGGCGGAUGACGGACAUGGCCAUUAG